AUGGAAAUCCUACCGGUUACGAGCCAGUUUAACGUCGGAUUCAAUAGUGAAAAAGCAUGGAAUGGGCCGACGUGGCGGGAAGCGCCGGUGCCGGUACCGACGGAGACUGCGUUGGCUCAGAGGCUGGAGCGAGAGCUUAGGGCAGCUAAAGGUGCCAGCGAGCUAGCGACGGCGGAAGUACUAGUGCCAGCUGAAUUGCUCGCUAGAGCAUCUCGGCAGACGCUAGCGCUUGCGGAAGGCGAACCCUGCGGCUCUAGAGGCGCCGCCGUCAUCGUCGACGUGGCGGGGAGGCGGUUAGCGGCUUUCAAGAUAGACCCUAACACGUUAACGACGCACGAAAUCCACUUACACCUAGAACACGACGCGACGAACUGGACGAGCCUGUUGCCGCAAUUCUUAAAAAACUUAACGCGAGGCGGCACCAUCAUCAUCAGUCCCCAGUUCACGAUAGAGAAGAAAAAGCUUUUCCGAAGCCAAGCCGACUAA